GAGAGAGGGAGUCACACGCGCCGCCUCCUCGCCUCUUAACCGUAAAUAAAGCUCAGGUUACAGUGCUCAAAACACACCUGAAGCAGUCUUACCGUACACACCGCCAGGUCUAAUAACGCAAGCAUCUGUGAAGUACACCUGCGAGGAUCUUUCCGAAAUCUAUUAUAUUUCUGUCUGAAGUGACCAAAGCCUCAAAACUCGCUGAUAUAAGGAUGUGGGUUUUCCUACUGAAGCACCGACGCUACAGGACUGCGCUCCUGAGCUCCACUACCAUCUUGGUACUUCUGUACUUUCAAAGCUCUGUGCUGGUUUUCAACUACAGCUCUUACGGUUUCGUCUCCAAGAAAGUGCCGUGCGCGUGCAGUAUCUGUGUGGCGGACGGAGGAAAUAGUAACUGGUUUAGUGAGCGUUACAAUCCCAACAUUCCACUUCUGCUCAACAGCACCAACAGUGCAUUAGGUGCAAAUGUCUCCAAGUGGUGGAAGGGGCUACAAUCAAAUGCCGGCAACUACACGGAGGCGGUGGAUCAGCUGUUUUCUCUCUUUCCUGAUGAAGAGCACUACUCAGACGCCGGUCCAGAUCGCUGCAGAACCUGUGCUGUGGUGGGAAACUCUGGGAACCUGCUGGGAUCCCAUUAUGGGCCUCUCAUAGAUUUCCAUGACUUUGUCAUUAGGAUAAAUAAAGGCCCGACGGAAGGUUAUGAGAAGGACGUGGGGUCAAAGACGACUCACCGGAUUCUGUAUCCUGAGAGUGCCAUGGACUUGGACAACUCCACCCAUCUGGUGCUCCUUCCUGUUAAGAUUCUAGACCUUCAGUGGCUCAUCAGUGCCUUCACUACUAAAAACAUCACAGAAACAUACACCGACGUGCCGUCUACAAUCCAAGCAAAUAAGGACAAGGUGAUGAUCCUCCACCCAGAAUUCCUGAGAUAUGUCUAUGAUAACUGGGCAGAAGGGCAUGGAUUAUAUCCAUCCACCGGUUUCUUAACACUGAUAUUCGCUCUUCACGUCUGUGACGAGGUGAAUGUGUUUGGGUUUGGAGCUACGAGUGACGGAAUCUGGCAUCAUUACUUCGAAACAAUCUCCACGUCAUAUGAGAGCGGCAUUCACGCUGGAAAUUUCGAAAAUGAAACGAUUAAUCGUCUCCAACAGGAAAACAAGAUUUUGGUUCUCAAGGGUUGGACAUGAAGUGGACACCCCAAUACUGCGUUGUGAUAUCGGACGCAGAUGUGCAGCAAAGACCUUCAGUCGAGAUUCCUGUCAAAAGAUCAACUUUACUGAAGCGUUUUCAUUUCAGCAACUCAAGACGCACCGAAUGAAGUCAUGCCAUAGGCUGCUUCAUUUUUCUUUUGUUGAGCCUGUCGGGGGGGUUCUCACGGCACCGAGUAACAGUGUUUACACCUUUUCAAGGAAAACGAGUCACGACACUUUUCAAGGAAAACGAGUCACGACACUUUUCACGAAAGAGUAAAUAGUAUUUAAAGUGGAUUAAUAAUUUGUGUUAUAAUUUAAGUAUGUGUUUGUGCAUAUGACUGCAUGUUAUUCACUUAAAAUAAAUUUGUAUUUAUUGAUUCUC